AUGGAGUCCACUUCGGGUAGGGAGCUUGUUACAGUGGCGUCUUUAGAUCAUGAGGUAGGUCAUGGGGGGACGUCCGAGGUGGAUAGGUACGCCAUGGCCGAGGAGGCUGUGGAUUAUACCCAGGAGUGGGGGGCUUCUAGAGUGCCCUCGAACAUGACGGAGAAGAGGUUGGGGGAACUUAGGGAAAGGUACAGUGUGCCUCAUAACAUAGAGAUGUUAGUCCCCGAACCAAACGAGCGGGCCUGCUAUCCGAGGCCCGAUAGUAGUACGAGGUUCGAGCUCAGCAGGGAAGAAUUCAAGGUGAUAGAGGACAUUUACAAGAGGCCUCUGAAGCUUCGGCACUUCGAUCACCUGAUUGAUAGAAGCAGAUACUUCUUGGACUUCGAGCCGAUGGCAUCCAGAGACAAAUUCAAGAAGAGGGAGUACCCAGCUCUGGACAUGGCCUCCAUCUUGAAGGUCACUUCUACUGCGAAGGCGAGGCCCCUGAAGCCUGGGUCCAGUGGAGCAAAGGAAGUCCGGGGCAGGGUUGAGCGCCUGUCGAAGGACUGCACUCCCAGGGCCUCGGAGGAGGCAUCUACUCAGAGGCCAGAGAAGCCUAAGGAGCCUCGGGGCAAGAAGAAAGUCUCUGAGGAGACUAAGAAGAGGAAGCUGGUGCACAUCUCCAGCUCAGCUGGCAAGUUUGGGACUUCAGUGUCCCAUAGGGCUGAACAGACUGGAGAGCCGAAGCUUCUUGCUGCAGCCUCUAAGGCCAUCAAAAUGGAGAUGGUAAGAGAGGUGGAGGCUGAAGAGGCCAGAGAAGAGGCUGCAAGGCGAGCUGCAGAAGUCGCCGAAGAGGAGGCGACGAAGGAGAAGCCGGUUCGGGAGAAGGGGAAUGCCACCGAGAGCUUUUACAAGUUCUGGACAGAGAGGUGGCAGAUUCAUGCCUCGUCUUGUGAUGCCACCAACCUCACAAGGGCAGUGGUGAGCCAAAGCGCCCGGACCUUUGGCCUCGCGCUCGAAUGCAGGGAGGCAUUAAGUGAAUUCCAGACAAGGACUCACGCCUCAGAGGGGAAGGCUGCCUUCCUUGUCGAGGAGGUUAAAGCUGCUAAGGCCGAGGCUGAAGAAGCCAAAGCACAGAGGGUUGAAGAAGCGACGAAGCUCGAGUCUGCUUUGGCCCAAAUUGAGGCCCUAAAGAGGGAAAUAUAUGAGUCACAGUGCGAGUUUCUCGAAGGCCAGGCGAAGUGGUACAUGAACGACGCCUCAGUUGCCAGAGAAGAGGCCCGAACUGCAGCGGAAGAGGCGGUGAAGGCAUAUAUCGCCAAUUUCCACACUACAGAGGAGUAUAAAAGCUUCAGGGCAUACUGGAGGAACUUCGCCUAUGCCAAAGUGCUGGAGAGGGCAGAGGAGCUUUAUCCCAACUUGGACCUGGCACAACUUAGGUCCGAAUUUGUGGAUGAGGUACCUCAGACCCCAGCUGAGGAGGUCCAGGGUGAGGAAGAAGUUGAUGCCGAGGCCCCUGGUGCUGAGGCAGAGAAAACAACUACUGAUGCCCAAGUUGCUGGAGGCCCCAGUGCCGAGGCUCCUACGCCAUCUAGCCAGGCAUAG